CUCUACGGUGGCCGACAGGAUGCCACGGAGGUGUUAGCCCCGAGGCGACUAGCAGCCUCAGGAGGUGUGAGGACGUACGUUUCUCUAGCUCCCCGCGUAUUGGGGAGGGUACCUCGGCAGCCGUCACCAUGGUAAAGGAACAGUUCCGAGAGACGGAUGUGGCCAAGAAAAUAAGCCACAUCUGUUUUGGAAUGAAGUCCCCUGAGGAGAUGCGCCAGCAGGCCCACAUCCAGGUUGUGAGUAAGAACCUGUAUAGCCAGGACAACAACCAUGCUCCCCUGCUGUACGGUGUGCUUGACCAUAGGAUGGGUACCAGUGAGAAGGACCGUCCUUGUGAAACCUGCGGGAAGAACUUGGCUGACUGUCUGGGCCACUACGGUUACAUUGACUUGGAGUUGCCGUGCUUUCACGUGGGCUACUUCAGAGCAGUUAUCGGCAUCUUACAGAUGAUCUGUAGAACGUGCUGCCGCAUCAUGCUAUCCCAGGAGGAGAAGAAGCAGUUUCUGGAUUAUCUGAAGCGGCCCGGCCUGACUUACCUCCAGAAACGUGGACUGAAGAAGAAAAUCUCAGAUAAGUGCCGAAAGAAGAACAUCUGCCAUUACUGCGGAGCGUUUAAUGGUACAGUAAAGAAAUGCGGAUUGCUGAAGAUAAUUCAUGAGAAGUACAAAACCAACAAAAAAGUGGUGGAUCCUAUCGUAUCAAAUUUCCUUCAGUCUUUUGAAACAGCCAUCGAGCAUAACAAAGAAGUAGAACCCCUGCUAGGAAGGGCACAGGAAAACUUGAAUCCCUUAGUAGUUCUGAAUUUAUUUAAACGAAUCCCAGCUGAGGAUGUCCCUCUACUUCUAAUGAACCCAGAAGCUGGAAAGCCCUCUGAUUUGAUUCUCACACGACUUCUAGUUCCCCCUUUGUGUAUCAGACCCUCUGUCGUGAGCGAUUUGAAGUCUGGCACCAAUGAAGAUGAUCUGACAAUGAAACUGACAGAAAUUAUUUUCCUAAAUGAUGUCAUUAAAAAGCAUCGGAUAUCAGGAGCAAAGACUCAGAUGAUCAUGGAAGACUGGGAUUUCCUGCAAUUACAGUGUGCCCUCUACAUUAACAGCGAGCUCUCAGGCAUUCCCCUCAACAUGGCGCCCAAGAAAUGGACUAGAGGUUUCGUCCAGCGUCUGAAGGGAAAACAAGGUCGAUUUAGAGGCAAUCUCUCAGGAAAGAGAGUGGAUUUUUCUGGCAGAACAGUCAUCUCACCUGACCCCAAUCUCAGGAUUGAUGAGGUAGCUGUGCCAGUUCACGUGGCCAAAAUUCUUACUUUUCCUGAGAAGGUGAACAAAGCAAACAUCAAUUUUUUGAGGAAACUUGUUCGAAAUGGCCCAGAAGUUCACCCAGGAGCCAAUUUCAUUCAGCAGAGACACACACAGAUGAAAAGGUUUUUGAAGUACGGAAAUAGGGAAAAGAUGGCUCAGGAGCUCAAGUACGGGGACAUUGUGGAGAGACACCUCAUAGACGGAGACGUGGUGCUGUUCAACCGGCAGCCAUCACUACACAAACUGAGCAUCAUGGCGCAUCUGGCCAAGGUCAAGCCGCACCGAACCUUCAGAUUUAACGAGUGUGUCUGUACGCCCUACAACGCGGAUUUCGAUGGUGAUGAGAUGAACCUUCAUCUUCCUCAGACGGAGGAAGCUAAAGCAGAGGCCCUUGUGCUGAUGGGGACUAAAGCAAAUCUGGUAACACCGAGGAAUGGAGAACCACUAAUUGCCGCUAUUCAGGAUUUUCUAACAGGUGCCUAUCUCCUCACCCUUAAAGACACCUUCUUUGACCGUGCCAAGGCUUGCCAAAUCAUUGCUUCAAUAUUAGUUGGCAAGGAUGAAAAAAUUAAAGUUCACCUCCCGCCCCCAACAAUACUGAAGCCUGUCACCCUGUGGACAGGAAAGCAGAUCUUCAGUGUCAUCCUCAGACCGAGCGAUGACAACCCAGUGAGAGCCAACCUCCGAACCAAGGGCAAGCAGUACUGUGGCAAAGGAGAAGAUCUCUGUGUCAAUGAUUCCUACGUUACUAUCCAGAACAGUGAAUUAAUGAGUGGCAGCAUGGACAAGGGAACGCUGGGGUCCGGAUCUAAGAACAACAUUUUCUACAUUUUGUUGCGAGACUGGGGGCAGAACGAAGCGGCUGAUGCGAUGUCACGGCUUGCGAGGCUGGCUCCUGUCUACCUCUCCAACCGUGGAUUCUCCAUUGGGAUUGGUGACGUCACACCUGGUCAGGGACUACUGAAGGCCAAGUAUGAGUUGCUGAAUGCUGGCUAUAAAAAAUGUGAUGAGUACAUCGAAGCCCUGAACACAGGCAAGCUGCAGCAGCAGCCCGGCUGCACCGCUGAGGAGACUCUGGAGGCUCUGAUCCUGAAGGAACUGUCUGUGAUCCGAGACCACGCCGGCAGCGCCUGCCUCCGGGAACUGGACAAGAGCAACAGCCCGCUCACCAUGGCUCUGUGCGGCUCCAAAGGUUCUUUCAUUAACAUAUCACAGAUGAUUGCCUGUGUGGGACAGCAGGCCAUCAGUGGCUCUCGAGUGCCAGAUGGCUUUGAAAACAGGUCCUUGCCUCACUUUGAAAAGCACUCAAAGCUCCCAGCUGCCAAAGGCUUUGUGGCUAAUAGCUUUUAUUCCGGUUUGACUCCAACUGAGUUUUUCUUCCACACAAUGGCUGGCCGGGAAGGUCUCGUUGACACAGCCGUAAAGACCGCUGAAACAGGGUACAUGCAGAGAAGGCUUGUCAAGUCCCUUGAAGAUCUUUGCUCACAGUAUGAUCUGACUGUCCGAAGCUCUACGGGUGACAUUAUCCAGUUCAUUUACGGAGGAGAUGGCUUGGAUCCUGCAGCUAUGGAGGGAAAAGAUGAACCGUUAGAGUUCAAAAGAGUUCUGGACAACAUCAAAGCAGUCUUCCCGUGUCAGAGUGAGCCUGCGCUAAGUAAAAAUGAACUGGUCCUGACCACUGAAUCAAUCAUGAAGAAAACUGAGUUUCUCUGCUGCCAGGACAGCUUUCUGCAGACCUUAACUGAGACAGGCUAUGAGAAAUAUAACGAGGAAAUAAAAAAUUUCGUCAAGGGCGUUUCCGAGAAGAUCAAGAAGACCAGAGAUAAAUAUGGCAUCAACGACAAUGGCACCACAGAGCCCCGUGUGUUGUACCAGUUGGACCGGAUCACUCCCACCCAAAUCGAAAAGUUCCUGGAGACCUGUAGGGACAAGUACAUGAGGGCGCAGAUGGAGCCAGGUUCUGCGGUGGGCGCACUAUGUGCCCAGAGCAUUGGCGAGCCAGGCACCCAGAUGACCCUGAAGACUUUCCACUUUGCGGGUGUGGCCUCCAUGAACAUUACCCUGGGUGUGCCCCGGAUCAAAGAGAUCAUCAAUGCUUCCAAGGCUAUCAGUACCCCGAUCAUCACGGCACAGCUGGAUAAGGACGACGACGCAGACUACGCUCGCCUCGUGAAGGGCAGAAUCGAGAAAACCCUCUUGGGAGAGAUUUCAGAGUAUAUUGAAGAAGUGUUUCUUCCGGAUGAUUGCUUUAUCCUCGUCAAGCUCUCCCUUGAACGGAUCAGACUUCUGAGACUAGAAGUGAACGCUGAGACCGUGCGCUAUUCCAUCUGCAUGUCCAAGCUCCGCGUGAAGCCUGGUGACGUGGCUGUUCAUGGCGAGGCUGUGGUGUGUGUCACCCCUAGAGAGAACAGCAAGAGCUCCAUGUACUAUGUGCUGCAGUUCCUGAAAGAGGAUCUCCCCAAGGUGGUGGUGCAGGGCAUCCCAGAGGUUUCCAGAGCUGUCAUCCACAUCGACGAGCAGAGCGGAAAGGAGAAGUACAAGCUCCUGGUGGAGGGUGAUAACCUGCGGGCAGUCAUGGCUACCCACGGUGUGAAGGGCACCCGCACCACCUCCAAUAACACCUAUGAGGUGGAGAAAACGCUGGGCAUCGAAGCUGCCCGGACCACGAUCAUCAACGAAAUCCAGUACACGAUGGUCAACCACGGCAUGAGCAUCGACAGGAGGCAUGUGAUGCUGCUCUCUGACCUGAUGACCUAUAAGGGUGAAGUCCUGGGCAUUACGAGGUUUGGCCUGGCCAAGAUGAAAGAAAGUGUGCUGAUGCUGGCCUCCUUUGAGAAGACAGCUGACCAUCUCUUCGAUGCUGCCUACUUCGGGCAGAAGGACUCCGUGUGUGGAGUGUCUGAAUGCAUCAUCAUGGGGAUCCCCAUGAACAUUGGAACUGGGCUCUUCAAGCUGCUACACAAGGCCGACAGGGACCCAAGCCCUCCCAGGAGACCCUUGAUCUUCGACACAAAUGAAUUCCACAUCCCCCUUGUCACGUAGUUUAGGGAAGAGGAGACCAUUCCUGACCUCGGCUCCUUGUCCUGUCUGGAAAGGGGUCGAGACUGGCAGCUGACCCAGAGAGGUUGUGCUCUCUGGGACAGUCCCUGAUAUCCCCCCAAUGCUGUCACGCAGAGAAGGCCUCUACGUCCCCAGGAGCAGCUCACCCAGGACCCUGAUCACACCACAGUGCCUGGUUGGGAGAACUGAGGUUUGUCUCUUUGAAACCCUAGCCUCACCAGGAGGCCCCAGCCAGGCAUCUUUGCUCAUUCUCAGCUCACCCUUCCAACCAUCAGCUUUCCGGAGUAUCCCACCAUGAUCCAGAGCCAGCUGUAAGGCCCGAGACCAGGGCCUGUUCUGGUUUUUCUGUUGCUUGGUCAUGCUUGAAUCUCUCAACAUGGCCUACUCAUGUAAAUAUUAUCACUAUUAUUUAUUUAGUCAGUUUGAAGAGUUUGGAAUUGUUAUUAUUUUGGCUUUACUUUUGAAAUUUGAAAGCAAGAGGCUAUAGAAACCAAGAAAGCCAGCAUUGAAGUAUCACCGGAAAAACUGAUUAAGCAGAUGGGACUGCCUAGGAUUUGUAACUGAGCUAAAACCGUCAUGAGGCCCAAGCUACUCUGAAACAUCUUUUACAGAGGCCUCCGGCCACCCCAUUGUUUUGUUUUUGUUUUUGUUUUUGUUUUAAAGAUUUUAUUUAUUUAUUUGACAGACCGAGAUCACAAGUAGGCAGAGAGAAAGGGGGAAGCAGGCUCCCUGCUGAUCCCAGGACCCUAGGAUCAUGACCUGAGCUGAAGGCAGAGGCUUUAACCCACUGAGCCACCCAGGCGCCCCAUACCCCAUUGUUUUUGUCUACCUCUGACCUCCAUGGGUGGACCAUGCCUUUGUGACAAGAGUGGGACCCAUUCUUCAUGGCUGAUAGAAGUCUUGCCAGAGUUUGGAGCCCACUGCGAUGGGGACUAUCAGUGUGCGUGGAGGUAAUGGGGUGAAGCUGGUCCAGGCCCCUGCAUUGCCUGGGCGGUGACCACACCCACUGAGGUAUCCAUGCAGGGGCCCUGCCUCCCAUAGCCACAGAGCAAGCAGGGCAGGUGCAGAGCUAUGGGCUAAAAUGUGCCUGGGGGCAGAGGUGGGGUAAGGCCCUUCUGGGUACAGGCAGGGGUGAAAGGGGCACCCAGACAGGAAGGGAGGAGGCCCAGGUGGUGGUGGAGAGGGAGCUAGAGCUGGCGGUGUACCCCAUUUGGCAGUAGCAGGUUCCAAAAGAUUAAAUCUAACAACUGAGAGCACGUGUCAGGCCUGGAGGAGCGCUCGCAGGGUAUCCCAGGAGGACCCCGCAAGGUUUGUGAUGGGGUUUUGUGCAACAGAAGAAAGAAAUGUACAUAGCUUAUCUGAGCAGAAAGGUUUUGCUGCCAGAGACCGUGAUGCUUUGUACUGAAUUUGCUCCAUAAGAUUGGGCCAAGGUCACAAGAGAAGUAGUAUGGCUGCUGCUCACUACUCCAUCUGUAGAAUGUUCCGUGAAGCCUGCCCUUCCCUCUCCUAUCCAGAGCCAAGUCCCACUGCCCUGGCUCUUCCUUCUUUGCCAGGGGGCCUUGGAAAACCAAGGAUGCUUAGUUGGGAGAGAGGUGAUGGUGAAAGUAGGACUUUGACCCUACCUUCUAGCUCCAUGCACCUGAGAAGCUCUGCUUCUGAAGCAACAUUGCUAAUUUCUCUCUUCAUAUCCAGCCUCUGGAAUAAACAGCAGUGCAGACUGAAGAGAUGUGAGUUUAUUAUUGAGGGAGAAGAUGGUUUGGCUGAUUAAAGAGGUGGAUGCAGGGUCGGGAGGGAGUAGGGCAGGCACUCACAAUUCAAGUUGUAGUACACAGAAUCACGCUUUACUUCGGACAUCUCUAGCUGAUUCCUGAAAGUUCUGAGUUAAUGCUGCUAAGGCACUUCAUGUAACCAUCAACUGUGGGGUCUCUCAGGAUGAAUGCUUUCUCUCACAUCCUGAUGCGAUCCUGAAUCCAGAAUUCUUUACCUGAACCUUUGGCCCUUCUCUGGUUUAAAUUCUGUUAAAAUUAGUUUGGCCCUGAGGACGUGGCCCUGUACCCAUGAGGUUGACUUAGGAAGUUCUCUUAAGGUGAAAAAGUCACUUUUUCAUCUUCCACCCUCUCCCAUAUCCACUCCCCUUAUCUCUGAACUGAGCUAGCCUGGUUCUAACACAGAUGAAGCCUGUUAACAGACUUACCCAGGGGUGCCAUCUGAAACCUCAGCACAGGCCUUGCUUCCCUCAUACAACCAGCCAAGAGCCACAGAGUGCCACAGCUGCCUUCCCAAAAACCUGCCUGGGGAGUUAGCCUUGGGUCUGCUCAGAUCCAGAACUGCAAGAAGACACAUGAGGGCCGUGGGAGGGUGGUCUCCCCAAGUGGGAGGGAGCACCAGCACCCACCUUCCUCUGUGUGACAUGUCUCUGAAGUGGAGAGGGGAGCGGAUGUGCGGGGCUGUGAGUAAUAGAGACAGCCCCACCAGGCGCUGCCUGCUGCUUGAGCAAGGACUCUGGGUGCCUGGAUGAGCGGCGUGUGAUGGUGCUACAUGUAGGCAGGGGCCUGGGAUCAAUCAGCAUGUAGCACUGCGGAGACAGAAGGCUUACGUGAAGCAACGCACCACCCAGUCAGAGACCAUGGAUCCUCAUCACUGUGGCAGCCCUGCAGGGACCCCUAGCAUAGGUGGCGUUGGCUGGUGGGCCCUACUCUGUGCUCCCUGAUGGAUGUGUGCCCUCGGUGGGUGCGCAAACUCCCCCGAUGGAGUGACCUGCUGCCCUGGCAUUAGUUUUAUGCAAGCCAGAUCCAGAGAGCAGUGUCUUCUUGAGAGGAAGCCCCGUAGGAGGUUGGGAUUUUACUAUAGGCCUGUUGGGGAAGAAAUAAUGGAUUUAAAUGGUCUCAUGCAUUAACAAAUUCAUAUUUCUGACUAGUGA